AUGAAACUUCAAAAACACAUGCAUCUUCCCUGGAGAGGCUUCAUCGGGCUUGCAAAGGCGACGGCUCCUUUGCGAGAUGCCGGCUUUGAACUUUCGGUUACGUUGAACGAGGAGGAGUGGUCAGACAUACCUUCGCAGUAUCGAGAUUUUCACAAGGCAUUGGCAACCAAAGCUAUCACUGGGACUCAGCUGGACGCCGCCAAUCUCCGUUUCCAGCAGGCCAUGCCAGAGUUUAUUGCGGAUUAG